GCCGCCUGCAGUCGGACACCCGCGCACUCCCAGCUGUUGCUGCGAAGAUGGCGAGCCGCGGCUCCGUCGUCCUCUGGCUCCUCUGCUCUCACUUGGGGUCCCUCUGCUACUACAAAGCAUAUGGAAUCAUCGUACAAACGGACAGCGGCAAUGUCAAAGCAAGAGAAUUUGAGGGGGCAUUUUUAAGCUGUAAACACAAUGCUAGGAAGGAAAGUGAUGUAAGGGUAGAAUGGAAAAAAGUUAUAGGAUCUGAAGUUUUGUAUGUCUACUUUCAGAGUUCCUUUAGAGGUAAUUUUAAAGGUCGAGCUGAUAUAUUACAUUCAAGCAUUCAAAUUAUGAAUGUGACCAGAAAAGAUUCUGGGAAGUACCGCUGUGAAAUUAGUGCAUCUACGGAAAACGGACAAGAAGCAGGAGAAAUUGAAAUCUCUCUUCAAGUGUUGGUCCCACCAGCUGCUCCUAUUUGUGAAGUGCCCAUCUCAGCUAUGACCGGGACAGUAGUAGAACUGCGAUGUAAAGAAAAUGAAGGUGUUCCUGCUCCAAAGUACAGAUGGUACAGGAAUGGCAUUGUUCUGCUGGAGAACCUAGCAUCUGGGAAGAUUAAAAAAGGAAGAGUUCCUUAUAUUAUGAAUACUACCUCUGGAACCCUGCUAUUCAAUCCUGUUUCUAAGAAUGACACUGGAGAAUAUUACUGUGAAGCUGUCAAUGGAAUUGGACGGGCUCAGAAAUGUCCUGUGAAGCGAAUGCAAGUUGAUGACCUUAAUGUAAGUGGCAUUGUAGCUGCAGUGGUCAUUGUGGCCUUAAUAAUGGCUUCCUGUGGUCUUGGGGUAUAUUAUGCACAAAAGAAGGGUUACUUUUCAAAAAAAAAAUCUUCAGUGAAGAAGAGUUCUAAGUACAAAACUACAGAAAGUGAAAAGGAUUUCAAGCACACCAAGUCUUUUGUUAUUUAAAAGAAAUUCAAUCUCAGAGGAUCACCAAACAACCAUUUUCUGUGCAGAAUAUCAAAGAUGUUUGAACUCUGUUCUGUAAAUAUUAAAAGUGGUACAUGCAGAAAGCCAAUGGCAAAGUUAAAGCAUUACUGUUAAAAGCUGACAAAAGAUUGUCAAGAGCGGUUUUGACAGUGCUUUUUCUUAAUGAAAUUGUGUUAAUAGGUGCACACAAAUGUGAUUUCUUGCUGGGUAAUAUGCCCACAGAGUAUUAAAGUAGGAGAAAACUAAUUGUACAGUUCUGGUUGUCACAUCUACAAAAGGUAAUCAUGUAGUUAGAAAAGGUGCAGAAAAGAGCAACCAAAAUGAUCAGGGGGCUGUAGCAUGUUCCGUAUAAGAAAAGGGAAGAGGGUUUUUAGUUUAGAAAAAAAAAAGUAAUAGGGGUUGUGGAGAAAGUGGAAAGUACUUGUUUUAACACUAAAACCCAUGAUCAUACAAUGAAGCUGAUUGGUGACAGAUUGAAGCUGAUUGGUGACAGACAAAAGCAACUAGCUCUUCAUACAGUGGAAUUAAUUGCUGGGAUUUGUUGCCACAGGAUGUGGUGACAGCUACUAGCUCAGUGGGAAUUAAAGGGGAAUUUGACAGAUUUUUAGAGGAUAAGGCUAUCAAUGACUAUGAUCGUAUACCUCUGAAUUCCAGUUGCUAGGGAACAGCAGCAAAAUAGAGCUAUUGCCUCAUAUGCUCCGCAUGGGCUCCCCAGAGGUAUCUGACUGACUGCUUGGGAAAUAGUAUACUAGAUUAUAUAGACCUUUGGUUGGAUCUAACAAGAGUUCUAGUGGGUUUUAUGAAGCCAUCUGUCUGGGAAUAACUGCGUGACAGGAGCAGCCCUAGCCUCUUGAUAGGGUCACUGUUAUCUGUUCUAAUCCCAGAUUUGGUUUGGGGCUUGGAUGUUUCUAGGGAGGGCUUAAUCUUUGCUUCACUGCUAAGGUCAAAAGAGCCAAAACUGAUAUUGCCAUGAGUGAGAGAGGAAAGCAGUUCCCAACAAAUCCUCUCUUGUGAGGACUUUAACUGCCUACACAUAGAACGGUGUGGCAGGAGCAAACCGGACUUCUUGACAUGAUCACUGCUAUCUGCUCAAUUCUCGGAUUUGGUCUAGGGGCUGGUUACUUCUGGGGAA